AGCAGGGAAGAAGAGUGGGGCCCGUGUUGCCGGAAGUAUGGAGGCUGUGAUCGCAGAGGUGGUCGCACCGCAGGAUCUGCUGAAAUUUGAGAAGAAGUACAACGCGGAGCUGGUGAAAGGAACUGUGUCCAGAGUGACUGCGUUCGAGUAUGCUUGGUGUUUGAUACGUAGCAAGUACUCAGAGGACAUCCAAAAAGGAGCUGCCCUGCUGGAGGACCUUGUUCACAAGGGCCCCAAGGCUGAGCAAAGAGACUACUUGUUCUAUCUUGCUGUGGCAAACUACAAACUUAAGGACUAUGAGAAGGGUCUGAAAUACAUCCGGAUCUUGCUGAAAAAUGAACCGGGGAACACACAAGCUUUGGAGUUGGAGAAAAUGAUCAACAAAGCUCUGAAGAGGGAUGGACUGGUAGGCAUGGCAAUCGUUGGAGGCGUUGGCCUUGUCUUCGGCCUCGCUGGCAUAGCAGGUCUGGCUGUUUGGGCGGCGGUGAAAAAGGCCUGAUGAUCCACAGCUGUCUGCCACGGCACCUCAGAUCCUUUCAUUACAAGCUGCGGUCUUCUGGGAUUCCCUCCGGAAAUAGAAGGCAGCUCUACAUCGUAACAGGGCUCAGUCAUGGUCGUCUCACACUAAUCCUUGGAGACUAACACACGGUGCAUCUCAUACCCCACUGCCGGUUUCUGCUGUGUCAUUUUUCAGCCUAACUAAUUUUUGCACUUCUUGAUGUCAUUUCCUUUUCUCAUAUAUGGUCCUGUACUGUGAUAGAACAACACGCUUCAUGUUGGCCAUUUUCUUAUUAUUGUUGUCUGCAAAGUGGUGAGAAGGUAUUCUGCUGCAAAACUCAUUGUAGACUGGAUAGGAAAUGAUGAUAGUGAUGUUGCAAAUGUUGAAUUUGUUGAUAUUGGUGACAUCCCCAGCGCUGCUGAUGAGAACAAAGAUGGUGAGGUUUUGUUUAUGGAUCCAGUUUUCCCUUUUGUCAAAAGGUGAUAACGCUAAAUGGAGCACCAUGGAACCGCAUGGAACACUAACGUUCAGUUGCUGACAUAGUCUGUAAACCUGCUGCCUGUGUUGCUGGAGUGGAGAACAUGACUGUCCUCAGAAGGACUAUGCUGACAGCUGAUCUUGUGCUCAUCCAGAGAUGAGAGAACUGAUACCCACUGUUGUGCUUUUGUUUAAUAAUACAAUGUAGUUUUCAUCUGGAGUCCAGAUGAAGGGGUAAAAAAAAAAAAAAAUACACCCUGGUUUAUAUAAUGUAAUUUCUUAACCUUGUAUGGUAACCACCUAAACCUUUAACCCCCACUUCCAAAAAACCUGAUAAAAAUACUGAUCAACUGACAGUUGCUAAUGUGCACAAAGUGAACCUUUGAUGAAGUGAUAAAGUGGUGAUUGUAUUUAUCUGACCAAAAAAGGCCUUAAAUUGUUUCUCAUUGUAAGUUUUUGUUUAGUUUUUUUCUACUGUCGCUCCCCCCCCCCCCCCCCCCCCC